CCUUCGUCGAGGCAGCCAUGGCGGCAGGGGGUCCCGCGCAAGAGCUCUGCGAGGAGGCCUCUUGCUCCAUCUGCCUGGACUAUUUCCGGGACCCGGUGAGCAUCGCCGAGUGCGGCCACAGCUUCUGCCGGGCCUGCCUGACCCGCAGCUGGGGGGAGUCGUGGAACGACAAGCCUGCCUGCCCCCAGUGCAGGAGAAGGACGCGGGAGGGGAGCCUCCGCCCGAACUGGCAGCUGGCCAACCUCGUGGAAGUCGCCAAGAAACUCAGUCUGCAGGAGGGGAAAGAGGCGGGUGUGGAAGCCGGAAAAGGGGGAGUUUGCCAGAAGCACCAGGAGCCCCUGAAGCUCUUCUGCAAGGACGACGAAGCCCUCAUCUGUUUGGUCUGUGACCGAUCCAAGGAGCACAGAGAUCAUGAAACCCUUCCACUUGAGGAGGCCUCCCAAGAGUACAAGGAUCAGUUCUGCAGCCGUCGGGAGAUUCUGAAGAAGGAGAGAAAGAGAAUCCUGGCAUAUAAAAGAGUCGUGGAGAAGGAAAGCCACGAGCUGCUCCAGCACGAGCUCUUCCUCUGUUGCUUUUCAAAAUCCAGCUUACUGUUGGAUCAGACGUCCGAAGCACCUUGCAGAGACACUCUGGAUUCUGCACUUCACUUCCAGAAAGCAAAUGUGACUCUGGAUCCGGACACGGCCCACCCCUUCCUCAUCCUGUCUGAGGAUCAGAAAAGCGUGAGACGAGGAGAAAAAGCUCAAGCCCUGCCCAACAAUCCUGAGAGAUUUGACCAGUGGGGUAUUGUGCUGGGCCGUGAGGGAUUCACAGCAGGCCGCCAUUUCUGGGAAGUCCUUGUGGGAAGUGAGGAAGAAUGGGCUGUGGGGGUGGCCAGAAAGUCUGUGAGGAGGAAGGGAAAGAUCACCUUCAGUCCCGAGGAAGGGUUCUGGGCUGUGGGGAAGUGGGAUGGUGGUUACUGUGCUGCCGCAGAAGGCGAUGAUCCUCCCCUGACCCUGACCAGGGAGCUGAAGAGGAUCCGAGUGUGCCUGAACUACGUUGGGGGGCGAGUGGCCUUUUUCGACGCUGACCGAGCAGCCCUUCUCUACGAGUUCUCUGGAGCCUCCUUCCCGGGAGAGACCCUCCUGCCCUUCUUUUGGGUGCGUUUAGAAGGCCACCUCCAACUCUGUUAAGACAGUCAUUUUGCUCUGGGGGCCAUUAAUAAGACAAUAUUACUUGGCAGUUCUGUUUUAUACUUCUUUGGGAGUAAGGGUUUUUAAAUUAUCUUUAAAAAGUGGGCUACAGAAGGGAAAAGGGGAUAAGGCAAACAUAUAAAUCCAUAGUAAAUUAUCAAAUAUUGUAUAUACUUACAUACAACAAGUAAAACCAAGUGUAUUAGUAAAAAUACAUGUUUCAAAUAUAGAAGCAGCUAAUAAAGCUUUGUCAUUACAGUGU